AUGGAAAACAACAGUCAGGACGGCGGCUCGCCAAGCCGCACCACCCAAAUGCCAGUCCAAAUGAUGAACCAAAUGUCAGAACAGCUAAACGCAAUCCACAGAGACCAGCAGCAUAUACGCAACGAAAGAGAUAACGACCGCGAAGAAACAAGAGCGCAGGUCCAAGCCCUAGAAUCUGCAAUCGCAACCCCAAAUCACACAUCUUCAGAAGAUAUCGUCAACUCAGUGCUCCAGAGACUGGGACUAGUACCGCUUGUUCUCAACACCACCUCGCCUGCCAACAUCCACAGCCCACAACAAGGUCAGUUACCAGCCAAGAAGAAGCCAACCCUUCCGAAUCCCCAACGACUUGAUAGAACUCGGAAAUUAUUUUGUCCUUGGCUCUUGCAAAUGCGAAGCAAGCUCCAUGUAGAUGGGCCUGCUCUAGGGGGCUCUUUUGACCAAUUUGUCUACAUUUACUCCCAACUAGAUAAGACGCCUCAGGCUAUAGCUGCCGCUUACCUCGAGAAAGGGGGUUUAGACGGGCUAUCAAACCCUGUUGACUUUCUCAAAUACAUGUCAACAUGUUAUGCUGACCCCAAUAUCGAGCAAAGAGCCCUAAGCCGACUCGAGACAAUACGGCAGGGGCCACAGGAGAACUUCGCAAUCUUCCUACCAAAAUUCGAGAAAGAGUUAGCUGAUAGUGGUGGAGCCAGUUGGGAUAAUGCUGUAAAGAUCAACUUCCUCAAACGGGUCAUAAGCGGAGAACUCCCGCUCCAAUCCCUCGGAGCUAAUCUCGACGAACUUCGAUUCUAUAAUCGUAGCAGAGAACAGUCAAGUGGUCAAGCUAAGAGCAAGAACCAGGUUUCAAAGACUAAGAACUCAUUCCAGACACCUGCAGGAGAGGAAACGCCCUCAGACCCGAUGGAUUGGGACUACAAAAAUCGGGAAGGCAGGAAGCAAGCAUAA